AUGGAGAAGGACGCGUCUAGGGUUCGUCCUCGAUCGCAGCGGCAGCCACUUUGCGACGCUAGCAACCGAGCCAACAUCGCUCCGGUCUCUGUAUGUCAAUCACGUUAUGAUUCUGCAACACUGUCUUCAGAGAAACAAAUGAAGUCCCCGGACCCCACCGAUCCCCAGAGUGACCCCAACUACCCAGCCAUAAUUGCGGAAAAUAAGCGACUGUCUGCUGUUAUCGAUUCUCACACGGAUUCUAAACGUAAUUCGGCCAUCUCGACCACCUCCGCGGAUUCGGGGAGGUCAAGGCGCAAAACCCAUAUUGGCCCAUGGCAGCUGGGGAGAACACUGGGAAAGGGAUCUACUGGGCGAGUUCGUCUGGCAAAACAUGCUAUUACAGGCCAAUCUGCGGCAGUUAAAAUUGUGUCCAAAAAAUCGGCUGCCUUAGCCCAGAGCCAGAGUAUUGCGGCUAUGGAUAAGAAUAUUUGUGCGGCGCCAGGUUCUAGAGCAAUCCCGUCUGGUAUUGAGAGAGAGGUCGUGAUUAUGAAACUCAUUGAACAUCCAAAUGUUAUCAGCCUAUAUGACGUUUGGGAAAACAGGGGAGAACUAUAUCUCGUUCUUGAAUACGUAAAGGGUGGCGAGCUUUUCGACUAUGUCUCGGAACGGGGCGCACUUCCAGAGAUUGAAGCCCCCCCAUUACGCUUCGCCCGAAAUCAUCAAUGGAUACAAAUACCAAGGCCGAUAAGGCUGAUAUUUGGAGUUGCGGAAAUUAUCUUAUUUGCUAUGCUAGCUGGUUUCCUUCCGUUUGAUGGCGGAGACUUACAAAGCACGCUGAAACUCGUGAAAAAAGGUGAAUACAUUCUACCACCAUGGUUUAGCCCUGAAGCCGUAGAUUUGGUCCAGCGAAUAUUGCAAAAAAAGCCCGAGAACAGAAUCCGCAUGGACCAGAUGUGGUUGCACCCUCUUCUUGCAAAAUAUCAAUCGCACCCGGUCAUUGCUGACUCUCCAAUCGAGUCCAUUGGGCCACCACCCCCUUUGCCGUCAAAGGAUUUCAAAAAGAUACGAAGGGAGGAAUUGAUUGAAAUGCUGCUUAACGAUGGAGCGAACCAUGAGAAGCUCUUUUACAAGGCGCUAUUAAAAUUCAGGGACGAGCAGCUUGAGAACUAUGAAGGUCCCCCUCUGGAAUAUUCUUCUAGCGACUAUCACCAUGUCUCAAGGCCAAUGUUCAGACCAUAUAGAAGGAUGUCGAGCAACCAUGGUGAAAACAACAUGUGGAAGCGCUCCAAAUUCUCCAUCGCCACCAAUACCUCGGGUCUGAGAGAAAGUUCUAGCAGAGUCCCAUCGUCCGCACGAACUAUUGCGAGCUACGACCCUUACAGGUCAUCACGAACGGCCAUAGCAGAUCCAAAGGUUGAAUAUGCCAAUGUUACCAUUCAUAGACAUUUCUCAACCGACUCCGACCCCGCUCUGGGUUCAAGAUUGUCACCCGCCAUUGGAGAAUCAACAGGAGUUCCCACUUCUUUUAAUAUGCCAUCCUCAUCAAACGACGGUCCAUGGAGUUCAUCGAGACGAAGCUCGCUGGCAUCCUUCCAAUCCCGCAGCUCCAUCGGGAGCUAUCGCCAACGAGUCAAAUCUGGUUAUGGCUAUAAGAAAAAUGUAAGCUUUCGCCAUUUGCAAAGCCAUGCUCCCAGCAAACGUCGUCGUCGAGUCGAAGCUCCCCGGUUACAGUCCCAAUAUUCGCUGUGUGAAGGAAAGCCGAAACUGCCAAGUCAUCAAACUGAAAGAGCGAAAAGAUUAUCUACAGAUAGAUUUAGCAGCCCCUCGCUGCCGUCGCCACCAACCUGCGUUCGUCAAGCAAAGAAUAGGGUUGGCGAAUUGGAAUUGGGAGCGAAAUCACGCCAAUCUUAUCAAUAUUGGAAGGAAGAAGCUCGAAAGGUAUCACAGGAGUUAGAGCAGAUCUGUGAGGAGGCCUUCAAUAGCUCAUCCCUCUCGUCUUCACGCACAAUAGAAACUGGAACCAGAUACCCAGAGUCGCCUGUCACCUCAAUCUCCACCCCUGGAAACCUGAACAGUUACUAUGCCCGGAAGAACCUAGUACCUGUACAGGAGGAAAGCCUUGAAUCCUCUAGCUCUUAUGCAACCCGAGAAUUAGCUGAAACACGUCGCCGCCUAAUCGAACAUUCAAACCAAGCAAGUGCUGAUGGGCUACCCUCGUAUCUUUCAGAAGUCAUUGCACAUUUGGACCGCUUAAUUGCAAACAAGUCCUCUGCUAAAACAACUAAUGUUACGACAGCCGUGGCUGAACAAACUCAGACAUCCUACAACUCCAAGGAGAAACUGCAGUCCAUUUCAGAAGAGCGGCAUAUCGUAAAGAAUUUUCUUUCCGGUGAAAGCGAUGCCAGUUAUUCCCCUAUUCCUUUAACUCUAAAUGACUGGGGGAAAAGGAAGACAAUUCGAGCGGUACCUGACUCAACUAAUAACCUUGGUACUAUUAAACCGUUGACUAUCCGCAAAAAGCGUACGACUCUUGAGUUCCCGGUCCAUCCCAUUGACGCUCCAUCUCCCGAAGAGCAGCAACGCAGUUCGAGCGAAUCCAUUGCUCGCAAUCGAUCCGUUCCUCGGCGAACCACCGGGCGAUUCUACAGUGGUCUUGAGCCCAUUGAAGAAAAUCCGAGAUCACCGAAGAAAAUCGAAGCCCGAAACUCUGGAGAAAGCAGAAAAUGGUCUUGGUUUAAGCCCAAUCCUCAGAACUGCGAAAGUGCUGGGCCCUCAAGGCCACCAAAGGACGUAUAUGUCUCAUCAAGACAGUCGUCAAUUUCCAGUAUGGUGAAUCAUAGCUCCCAAAGCGUUGGGGACACACCUGCUAUUGAAGAUAACAAUUUGAACUGGUUCAAAAAAAGUGGACCAACAGAGAAAGGGAAGAGACUCUUGAAAUUUUUUGGUAGGAAAAAACACGACAGACCGGCACUUGAACUUGGGCAAGAGGUCAACGAUAGUGAUUUCGCUGUCAGUUUAGGCAGCAAGGAUGAGAGUGAUAAUUCCGAUACUAGCAAUCCGGCGGAUUCGACCUCGACCAGACUUAGCUACACGAAUUCGCCAACCUUACCGGCUUCGAGUCAGAAUUGGUUCGUGAAAUUCUUCCAUAUCAAGCCCGCGACCAGAACCAUUGCACUCAACACAUCCAAGUCGCGUGCUCGACGGGAAGUCCUCAAAAUUCUCCGAGAAUGGCGAAAGUAUGGGAUGGAGGACAUUUAUUUUGAUAAGCAGAACAGUCUGAUACGCGGUAAAGUCGCAGAAUUGAAUUUUCUGCGUCUUCGUCCGGUCGAAUUCUCUGCGGAACUCUUUACUGUACUUGAAUAUGGCCGCCACGUCAGCCUCAGCCUCAUGAGAUUGAAACAAGAGCGCGGCGCUGCGUCCUCUUUCCGAAAAGUCGUGGAGACAUUGAGCGUAGUACUCCAGCAACGCAAAUUACUUGUUGAGGAUUCAGGAAAAGCGAAGAAAAUGGCAAAAGUCCUCAACCUUACAGUUCAGUAG